UAGUUUCGACUGCUUCUAACCCAGGCGCCUCUCUAAUUAUUUUCGUGACAUCUUUAACUUAAUCACGGCCGACCGACCACCACCGCCCAUCAUGCCGUCCUUCAGCCAGCUCCUCGUCGCCAGCAUCUCGACGCCCUUCCUCUUCGGUGGCCUCGCGCUCGGCCUCCCCACCACCACCACAUCCUCCUCAUCUGCAGCUGUCGCCCCACGAGACUCCACCCCCGCCAGCGUAACCUGCCCAGCGUCAGGGCGCGGCAAGGAGUACGCGCGCGCGCUAUAUAGGCUGCUGCCGGGGUCGCCGGACGUCGCGCUGCCACCGACGCUGGACCUGCACGUACAGUACCACAACUACACGGGGCUCACGAUCCAGCAGGCGGUCGUCUUCGGGCCGUUCCCCGCCGGCGCCCGGAACUGCGCCUUCGGCUGGGCCCAGGAGGACGUCGAUCGCGGCGCCGUCUUUGUCGCCGCCGGAAGUGGUCUGCUCACGGUGCACCAACUUAGCGGUUUCCCGAUUGGGGCGCCGCUGUCUGUCGCAGAGGCCGAAGCGGGGGGGGAGGAGGAGGAGGCGCAAGCCGCGGCCGCGGCCAGCGGCGUGUCGUACGCGGCGGUGCAGCCGUUCGUCGAGAACGCGCGGCUCGCGACACACCCCGACUUCACGUCCUGGGACCGCGAAGCGAACGGGACGACGCACACCUCGGGACCCGGGUCGAUCGAGUGCAGCGGGGCGGCCGGCGAGCACGUCUACGUCCUCAUCCAGCUGGAGCCGCCGACGACCGGCAACGUGUACCUCGAGCGCAGCGGCGAGGCGGGGAUAUUCGUCGAAUACAACUGCGAGCCCGAGGCGUAGGGGACGUCCGGACGACGCGGGGCGGGGAAACCGGGGGAUUGUUAAUAGAUACGCGGGCGCCAACAGGCUCGGACGACGCGCGACGGGACACGGAAUACAUACGCAUAUCGGGGGGGGCUAGCAGCGAUCUACGCUGCCGCUCCCCCGCUUAAUACGACUUUUUAUUCUUAAUGGCGGGCGGCCGUCCGUUCCGCGCAGAGAC